UGCGGCACUGCCGGGCCCGACCCACACGCCGCGCCGGGGGCCGCCUCACAAAGUUGCGCGCGCGCUUUGGGGACGUGUGUUGUUUGCAUCGCGAGCAGCGCCGGGGAUCCCCCCGGACCACCCCGCCGCACCGUGGCGGAGGACGAGGCCCGCUGCUCCGCGCAGCCGCAGGCCGGCCUGCAGGAGGAGCAGGAGGAUGGGCAGCAGGAAGAGGAGGUCGUCUUCAGGGACAAGAGCCCCCGGAGGAGGAGGCAGUCCGCGUCCCGAAGCAAGGCCAUGUCGUACCUCGCCGCCGCGCUGGGCGUGGACAGGGCCAUGCGGUACCUCAGCGACGACAGCCUGUACUCGGAGAACAGCAACGGCAUGCGGAAGGCCGUCAGCUCCUUCGACGUGUUCCGCCGCGCCUCCGACGUCAGCAUGGUGGUGGUCUCGACCGAGGACGUCGCCGAGGCCGUGGCGGCCGAGGAGAAGCAGGCGGCCGCCGCCAGGGCGGGGCGCGAACGGCAGGCCAGCGUGGGCAGCAACACCAGCAGGGGCAGCAACGGCAGCGCGGGCAGGGUGCGGCGCCGGCGCACCGUGUCCACCCGGGCGCGCGCCGGCACCUCCGGGGCCACCAGCGCGGCCGCCAACAAGCGCAAGUCGCUGCCGCUCUUCGCCAUGAAGCUCUUCGGCCGCAAGGGCUCGUCCUCGGGCGAAGAGAUCACCAUGUCCAACCUCGACCUGGACACGGUCAACGACCACGGCGGCAGCUCCAGCAACGAGACCUCGAGCACGCCGGCCAGCCCCAACGGCGACCUCUAUGCCUAGAUGGGACAUUCGAGACAUCGCCCGACAUCUUCGCCCAAAUCCUCACAGCCCAUGGCGAGUACCGUGACCACAUGCUACCAUUAGUGUUUGCCCUGCUGCCUGACAAAUUAGAGGCGAG